AGGGAUUUCUGCCUUCCACAAGUGACAAGGGGUUUUCGUUAGGGGGAGCGCAAGUGCUAGAUAAGUGACAGUACGAAUUUCACUCAUUAGAAGCAAGGAACUGAAAAAAAAAAUUGAUUUCUGACGAAGUUAUAUCGAGGAGAAAUGAAUGUAGAACACAAUAUGAAGAGCUGUGUGUAAAUAAUUUCUUGCAGAUAAAAGGACAUAAUAGAGUGAGUAGCGAUGGGAAAUCAAGCGAUCACGUGUCCAGAUGUGCCAAAAACAAGAGGACAAGAACUCGGUAAAUAUUUGACAGUAAGACAGAUUCAUUUAGUGCAGAAUUCGUGGGACUUGAUCAAAGACGAUCUCGGCAAAUUAGGGUUAUGUGUUUUUCUCAGGUUUUUUGAAACUGAACCAGAUUUGAAAUCAUUGUUCCCAAAAAUCGUUCAAAUGAACAACGAAAAUAAACUGGAAUACGACAUCGAUAGAGAGAUGUUACAGCGCCAUGCUGUCACGGUUUUAGAGGGACUAGGAGCGGCAGUAGAGAGUUUGGAGGAGUCCGAUUUCCUUAAUAGUGUCCUCAUUUCUAUUGGUCAAACACACGUGAAAAGACACGUGAAACCUCAAAUGUUAAGAAGGUUGUGGCCGUCCUUAAACCACGGACUUAAACACUGUUUACAAGAAAACUACACGAAAGAAGUGAACGAAGCUUGGAAAAAAGUUUAUUUCUAUGUGUGUUUCCAGAUGAAAAGGGGAAUGGAAAAUCCGGAUCUCGAUUUUGACUCUUACUGCAACACUGGUACCGGCUGAGACAGUGACAGCCAUAAAAACUGUUUUCGACUGUGUUUUACAUAAAUUCCUUAAAUAAGUUUAUUUCUUUUUUCACGAGUCUUUGACUGAAUAUGCUUCGAGACACGUUCUGAACUCAGUAAGCAAAGUAAUGAUGUGAAAAGUAUCAUGAGGUUUGGCGAAGCUUCUGUAACUUUAUUGAAGGGUUUCCCAUGAGCCAGUUGGGGAAUUCCCAGAGGAAAUGUAAAGGUGAUUGGCCUUUUGCGUCUAUUGGUAAACACAUCGGUAAUGGUUAAUUAGAACGCAUUCCCUAAGCCUACUUCUUGUAUAUCUGAUUACGGCUUUUACUGUAUAUUCUAUUUAGCAUUAAUCUUUGUAAGGACAUGACUUCCUCGAGAGGUAAAACUCGAAUGUAUAAAUUAAAAUGAUUUUGUCAAACUUUAUCAUGUGUUACGUGUACGAGUUUUGUUUUCUGAUUAAAAUUUAAAGAUUUAGAAAAUAAAAACAUUGAAAUCUUUGAAAUGUAAUUGUAAAUGUUGUCUUGUUGAAUAAAAUAUGAAUAAUUUC